CUGAUAACUGCUUAUCUUUACAACGGGAAACAAGCUAUCAUUGUCUGUCAUCGAGAGGUUGAUCGUCAUGAAUCUUAAAAUGAUGCUCGCUACUGUACUUUUGAUGGCUGUGUGUUUAGGGGGUUCUGGAGCCGGUGACAUCGGGAGAGAAAAGCGUCACGAAUUUGAAUACGUCAAAGGUUUCUGGUCGAACUGCAGGAUUAUCAAGGGACCGCCCCAGUGGGUCCAGGGAAAGACACUGCAAUAUUUAGAUCGACACUACGUGGCCUGUGGGUCUGACGAAUUUUUGGUUUCUUGGAAAAUGCAGCGAUUGAACCCUAAUGUAUACGACUACCAGUCCAUGGUCUAUAAGUGCUGCAAGAUCGUUUGCAAAGUACCCAUGUACCACCAUCACUAGGUAUCGAUUGGAUAAGACCGAAAGACUCGAACUCUUGCGAUUUCUCCCGGAUUUACUGUUAUUUCCAGUUGAAAUAAAAUAUAUUUCGAAUCUGCAGACA